AUGGCUAGACCGAGAAGAUAUGCUACAAACCCUCCUCCUCCUGCUGACGUGAACCAAAUGGCUCACGCCAUGGAGGCCAUGGCAGCCACUGUUAGGCAGAGUCUAGAUAUGAUUCAACAGCAGCAAGCUGCAAACCAAGCCGCUGCUGCAGCAGCAGCUAUUGCCUCAGCUGCACCUCCUCUUGAAUACCAUGGUUUGUCAGAGUUCAUGAAGAAUGAUCCUCCUCAAUUCACGGGAGUGGAUGGACCAGAUGCUGCUGAACUCUGGAUUAGGGAGAUUGAGAAGAUCUUCCUAACUAUGAGUUACGCCGAGGAGAGGAAGGUGUUAUAUGCUACUUAUAUGCUGAUAGGGGAUGCAGAGAUGUGGUGGCACGGAGCUCGUGCUAUGCUGGAGGCCCGAGGUGAAGUCAUCACUUGGGCUGUAUUUAGAAGUAGCUUUCUGGGAAAGUUUUUCCCUUCUCAUGUUUGUGCUACCAAAGAGCAGGAGUUUCUGAACUUCGUACAAGGAAACUCAUCAGUCUAUGAGUAUGUAAUACAGUUUGAGCGGCUUUACAGAUUUUAUUCUCACCCAACCUCGGAGGAGUGGAGAUGUCAGAGGUUUUCAGACGGGCUGAGAACUGACAUAAAGAGGAUUUUGAUUCCACUCAGGAUCACUGAAUUUGCUGACUUGGUGGAUCAAGCCACCAUUAUAGAGAGUCUUAAUGCAGAGGAUGUUGGUGGAGUUGGGAAGGCUCCAUCUAGUAUAGCUGCUAGUAGCUAUGGUAACGGAAGUAAGGGUGCUAAGAAGGCCCCCUAUAGUCGGUCGCUACGCCAACAGCAAUCUCGACCACCAAUAGGGACUGCUACUUCUGCAUUUCAGCCUAGGGGAGCAACUUCUUCUCCUCCUAAAGCCUCAGUGCCACAUAUUCAGCCAGGGCAUCUUGUUAGGGACUGUCCUACGCCUAGUGGGGCAGUUUCGUCUUCUGCUAGCGCCUUGCACGCUGUGAGACCUAAAGCGACUAGAGCUCCGACGAGAAUUAGAUCGAGAGCAGAGGGACGUGUAUUCACUACUUCUGUAUCAGAGGCAGCCUAG